AUGGACAACUGUAAGAUGCCGGAUUAUAUGGCCUCUUCUAAUGGGUCUCUUAUAUCCUCGUUCCUGACGAAUCCGGCCACAGGUAUCUCGCCUACCAAAGGGACUAGGGCUCAGACGUUCCCCAUCAUGACCACUGUUGAAGCAUCCCAUUUGAUGUCAGCAGGGGACGGAGUCUGCCUCUUCCCUACAAUCAACCCCAACCCCAACCUGUCAGCUACUGAUCGAGAGAUUCAGACGCUCAGCUUCGAUCCAUGCCUGGUUCGAGCACUGAAGACAUCAGGUUAUGAGGUCCAAUGGGUUCUGUGCACAGCAUGGGCAAUCGUUUUGUCGCGAUAUGUCAAAGCAGAUCGGAUCCGGUUCGGCGUUCAUACGAGUGCCGGAAGACAAAUCUGCAAUAUUGCUAUUGACCCGGACACUCCCGCGGAAGCAUUAUUCCAGGCCAAUGGAUGGGAUAUGUCCGUUUUGGACAAGAGUGAAGCUGAAACUAUCAACACGGGAGUCUGUAUCCAAGAUCCAUCCGAGGGUUGCGAAGAUCUCAAGCAAUCGUACAGCGUGAAUAUAGUGGCACAGUUUCAGGACUCUCGUCCCCUUCUGCAGCUCGUCUACAAAUGUCAAUUGUUAUCGCCUUUUUAUGCGAAGAAUCUCGCCAAUGCCGUCAGCCAUGUUUUGGAGAGUAUCCUGGAGGACCCGAGUCGGCGAAUCAGACAGAUCUCCUUGUGCUGCCUUGUUCAACGUCAGUGUAUUCUCACUUGGCAAAAAAGCAGUCCAUUGCACGAGGCCACGCAUGCCGCCAUUUCCAGACUGGUAGAAGAGCAGGCUGCAGGGCAACCAAACGCCCCGGCCAUUGAGGACAUUGAUGGCGCGCUUACAUAUGCCGAACUCGAUCACCUGUCCUCCUGCUUGGCAGUGCAUCUCGCGGAUAAGCAUGAUGUCCGCAGCGGGACCAUGGUGAUGCUCUGUGCCUCCAGAACGCGAUGGACGAUCGUGGCCAUGCUGGCUGUCAACAAGGCUGGGGGAUGUUUUGUCCCCUGCGACCCCGAUUAUCCGGCCAGUCGCCGGUAUGCGAUGGCAGCGAUCUGCGGAUCAAGCAUCGCUAUUGUCUCGGCAGAAUACGAAAACGCCUUUGAAGGAAUCGUCAACGAAACUGUUGUUAUUUCGGCUGCUACAGUCGACGACUUGCUGGCGGGGACGCAAGGGACGCGACGAGAAUUUCGGACAAGCCCGAAGGCCCCGGCGUACUGCUUCUUUACGUCUGGAAGUACAGGCGAUCCCAAGGGAUGUGUAGGGUCUCACUCGGCGCUGGCAGCAGUUGCCCACCAGGUUCCCGCACUGCAUCUGUCGCCUGCGAGCCGCGUGCUCCAGUUCGCCCGGCUUGGGUUCGGGAUUUCUUUCAUCGAGAUAUUUUGCACGCUGGCCGCGGGGGGGACGAUCUGCAUGCCGUCGGAUCAUGAACGAAUGAAUGCGCUUUCCGACGCCAUGAACCGGAUGAAGGUCAACUGGGCUCUUCUCACACCGACGAUGGCGGAGUCACUGGAUCCGGCGCAUUUGAAGACACUGGAGAAGCUGUUUCUGGGAGGAGAGACGCCUAGCAAAGUUCAGAUCCUCAAGUGGGCGUCCAAAGUCGCUCUAUUUCAGGUAUACGGGACCACUGAAAUGGCCGGAGUAACAUGCGUCUCGCAGCAGAUCACCUCCCUACAGGCUCGGCGAACAGUCGGCAUGCCUGCUAACUGCCGCGUUUGGCUCGUGGAUGUCGAUCGUCAUGACCGACUGGCUCCUAUCGGUGCCAUCGCUGAGCUUCUGAUUGAAGGACCAAGUCUGGCCGCUGGAUACCUGGGUGAUCCCGAGCGCAGCAAGGCCUCGUUCGUCCAAGAUUCCCCGUGGAUGAGCGGAUCAGGGCUCGAACCCUCGAUCCAUCGGGUUUACAAGACGGGUGAUCUGGUACGGUAUAAUGAGGACGGAUCCCUCAGUCUGGUCGGACGAAAAGGGACACGGGUCAAGCUGCGUGGGCAACGGCUGGAGCUCGAGGAGGUCGAGUGUCAAUUGGCUCGGGUACUGCAGGAUUCACAGACCCUUUCCAGCGUCCAGCGAGUUGUGGCUACGGUCAUUGAGCCUGAGAUCCUAGUAGCCGUGCUCGUAAUACCAAACGGCUGCCGCGUGUCAAGCAACGGGCUGCAAUUCCACCAGAUCGAUGCUGGACAGAUGCUUUCCGACCUAAGACAUGUCCAGAAGAACCUCUCGUCCUUAUUACCCAGUUUCAUGGUACCACAGCUGCUUCUCCCUCUCGCGAACCUGCCCAGAGGCGCCACAGGCAAAGUCGACCGUCGCGCGUUGCAGCGCCAAUUGAGCGCCAUCCCGUUUGAAGAAUUGCGUCGACUGGCCGGAGUCACGGUGCAAGCACACUCCCCUGAAACAAACGCGGCGCGAACCAUUCAUGCUUUGGUCGGCGAGGUUCUCAAGCUGAGUCUAGACAAGGUGGGGAUGGCGGAUAACUUCUUCCACCUCGGGGGCAAUUCCAUGCUUGCCAUUCAGAUGGUCGCUGCUGCCAAACGCCUUUCUGUGCGCCUGACCGUCGCGGACAUCUUCGACCAUCCCGUACUAGCCAACCUUGCAUCCAUUAUUCGCCCGGCGGGCGAUGCUUGUCCUUCGACCCUCGACAGCUUUGCCCUUGUCCGGCCCUCAGUGGGAUGUGAAAAUGACUUCCGCCAGGCGACUGCCUCCCAAUUGCACAUCGACGCUGCUAUCAUCCAAGACGCAUAUCCUUGCACGCCGUUGCAGGAAGGGCUGAUGGCGCUGACGGAAAAGUCUCCGUCAUCUUAUCAGUGCAGAGUGGUCUGCCAACUCAGGGAAAGCGUCCAGAUCGGGGCUUUCAAAGCUGCCUGGGAGACAGUAGUGGAACAAAACGAUAUCUUGCGGACGCGCCUCGCUUUGGCGCCCUCACAGAAGAUGAUUCAAGUCGUGCUUCGUGAGCCUUUCGUCUGGGAUGUUGCGCACCUGGCCCAGGGAGAACAAGCGGUCAUGGGAGUGGGAACACGGCUUGUCCAUGGGUGUAUCCUAGACGAUGAACCCGCUGGCCCAGUAUUUAUCCUGACCAUCCACCACGUGCUAUGCGACCGCUGGUCAAUCCGAUUGAUGCUGGAGCAGGCGCAGUCCAUCUAUCAAAAAGGCCAUGUCCAGUCAAACACCUUUACUCCGUUCAUUCGAUAUAUCCAGCAGCAAUCACCAGACUUCGACGCCUACUGGAGUACCAGAUUCACCAACCUUGAGGCGCAGGUCUUCCCUCCUCUUCCCCAACCAGAUUAUACACCUGUUGCCAAUGGAGAGCUGCGACACGAGCUUUGCCUGCCGCGUCGAGUAGCCCGAAACUACACUUUACCCUCAUAUAUCCGCCUGGCCUGGGCGCUGGUCCUCGCGCACAACACGGCGGUGGACGAUGUAGUGUUCGGUGAGACGCUUAAUGGACGAAACGCCCGCCUCAACGACGGUCACGACAUUGGGCAAAUCGUCGGGCCCACUAUCGCCACCGUACCCCAGCGUCUUCGACUCGACAUGACCAAAUCAGUUGACGAGAUUCUGGCAGAGCUGCAGGAGCAGGUAGCCCAAAUGGCCCCCUACGAGCAGGCGGGUCUCCAGCAGAUCCGCCGAGUGAGCCCAGAGGCGGAAAUUGCGUGCUUGUUCCAGAGCCACCUGGUCAUUCAGCCGGCGGCCAACUUCCCCGGGGACAUCUUCCGCAGCGUACAGGCUGACUCUGUCUCCAUCGGCGGCUUUCUGUCGUACGCUCUGGCGCUUGAAUGCUGUCUGACUGAAGAUGAAAGCCGUUUGACCAUAGUUGCUGGCUUCGAUACUCGCGUGCUAGGCCAGAAGCGUGUCCAGCGAUUACUCUCUCAUUGGGAGGUGGUCUUGCAGUGUCUUAUCCAAGACCCGUAUCGGCGGCUGGGUGACGUUCCCGGCGUAGGGCCCGCCGACCUCGACCAGAUCUAUGCCUGGAAUGCCUCCGUGGCCGAGCCAUCGCAGCAGAUCAUCCAUGAGGUAAUCCGACAACGGGUACAGGAGACUCCUACCGCUCCAGCAAUAUCGUCUUGGGACGGGGAGCUGUCAUACCACGAACUCGAGGAGCGAUCGAAUCAGGUGGCAAUGGAACUUGUAAGACGGAGGGUCCAGCCAGGCAGCUUCAUCGCCAUCCUCUUCGAGAAGAGCAAGUGGACGACUGUGGCCAUGCUGGGUGUGAGCAAGGCGGGCGCUGCAUUCGUGCUCAUGGACCCGGGGCAACCGGACCAGCGACUAUCCACGAUCGCUCGCGAGGCUCAAUGCACGUUGAUAAUUUGCUCGGAGACAACCAGGGAGCUAGCGCAGGGGCUCCUAGCAGUGAACUUGGAGGUGGGAGACCGCACUGCUGACAUCUGGAACUGCGAGGUGGAUUUGGCCCGGCUGCCGCAAGUAAAUCCCAGAGACGCAGCGUAUGUCGUCUUCACAUCAGGCUCCACGGGAACCCCCAAGGGCACAAUCAUCGAGCACGGCUCCUACUGCACCGCGGCGAAGGAGUUCACCACCUGUCUGCUGAUAGACAGCUCCGUCCGAAUGCUGCAAUUCGCUUCCUACAGCUUUGACUGUUGUAUCGGGGAAACCAUCAGCACUCUCAUGGUAGGCGGCUGCGUCUGCGUCAUCUCGGAUCACGACCGGCAGAACGCCCUCGCCCGAGCCGCGCGUAAUGCCAGAGUGACGAACGCGAUGCUCACCCCGUCUGUGGCCCGGCUUCUGCGUCAUGAGGAUAUCCCCUCACUGCGGGUGUUGUCGCUUAUGGGGGAGGCAAUGCGGCCCGCUGAUUACGACUAUUGGGCCGAAAGGGUGGUGCUGAUCAAUGGGUACGGGCCCACCGAGUGCUCCGUGGGCAUUUCUUAUCAGCCGUAUCGGCCGGGCGUGCAUGUACGCGACAUUGGCCGUCCUCGCGCGGCAGUGGCCUGGGUCACAGAUCCCCGCGAUCAUCAUCGCCUGAUGCCGGUGGGCGCCAUCGGCGAGCUGCUGCUGGAGGGCGAUCCGGUGGCGCGCGGGUACAUGAAUAACCCGGAGCAAACGGCAGAGGCGUUUCCUGAGACUCCGUCCUGGCUUCUGGGCAUCCGGAAGACCCAUCAUCGCAUCUACAAGACGGGAGAUCUGGUGCACUAUAACGAGGAUGGCUCCUUGCGGUUUGUGGGCCGGGCAAAUGACCAGAUCAAGGUACGCGGUCAGCGGCUGGAAAAAGGAGAGGUCGAGACGCAGUUGCGCGAGUGCUGGGAGUGGACGCAGGGCUCGCAACCUGCAGAAGUAGCCGUGGACGCGGUAAUGCCCCUGGGGAACCCAGACCGUGUGUGCCUUGCGGCGUUUGUCGUGGUGUGUGACGAUAUUGAGGAGACUCAGGACCUCUGGGCCGCUCCGGAUGCUGACUUUUGUCGCCGAGCCGCCGGCGCAGAAGCACGAUUACAGCAGCAUCUGCCGCACUUUAUGGUCCCCUCAAUUUUUGUGCCGCUCACACGGAUGCCCCGAAUGGCCAGUGGCAAGAUCGACCGGCCAUUGCUGAGACGCCGCAUCCAGUCCAUGUCUGCCGAUCAGCUGCGCUCCUUCUCUCCUGCCGUAGCAUCGAGCCACUUGCCCAUAUCCCCAGAGGAGAAAUUCUUGCAGGAACUCUGGGCGCAGGUGCUUGGUGUUCCAGCAGAGCGAGUGGGUGUUGACGAUAACUUCUUUCGCCUCGGGGGCGACUCGAUCGCGGGAAUGCAGGUCGUGCUACAGGCGCGUGCCAGGCAGCGGGCGUAUACACUGGCCGACAUUUUCCAGUACAAGACUAUUAGAGCCCUCGCUGAGCAUGCAGUCGUAUCAGAACGCGAUACCAGUCCCUCGGAAGCUGCGGCCCCGUAUAAUAGGUCGACUGACGUGGAAGCGUAUAAAACAGUACUAGCUGACGCUGGCAUACCAGACCAGGACGUUGAGGACGUAUAUCAAUGCGCGCCGAUUCAGCGCGGAAUGCUGCUGGUUCAGGCAAGAUCACCGGCAUUCUACCAUGUAGCAUUCACCUGGGAAGUAUUGAACGAGCCGGUCGAGACGGUCACAUUGGCAGUUCAACAGGUGAUUGCUCGCCACGCCAUAUUCCGCUCCUACUUCCUUGAGCCGUCCCUUUUGGAGUCUGAAGAGGCCACCCCGUCGUUCAUCCAGGUUGUCGAGCGAUAUAAGACGAAUAAUAUCCUCAUACGGCCCGCCGCAGAGCUGGACAGCUUCCCAGGUGAUUUUCAUCCCUCAUUGCGGGAUCCAUCCCGGUUUACCAUCUACCAGGACGCCUCAAGGAUUUGGGUCCGUCUGGACAUCACUCAUGCUCUAUGGGACGGCAUUACUUCACUUGUUGUGGAGCAUGACCUCGGUCUGGCUUGUCAGAACCGACUGCCUUUGCGCGCCCCUCCCCCGUUCCGGGACUAUAUCUCGUACGUCCAGAACCAGGACAAGGCGGCUGCCUCUGGAUUUUGGAAAGCGCAUCUGGACCGUUUCGAGCCAUGCUACUUUCCCCCACUCAAGUCGAACGCAUCCCCCGACGAAGAAUCGCUCUCUCAAUGCCAUAGAUUCGAGAUCGAUGAGCACGCAGCAAUAGCGACAUACUGUCGCCAGUACCACGUCACCGCACCGAAUCUAUUCUGCAUGGCAUGGGCGCUUGUUCUCCGCGCCUUCACGGGCCUCGACAACGUGUGCUUUGGGAACAUCGUCUCCGGCCGCGAUAUCCCGGUGGAAGGGAUCGCUGAAAUGGCCGGUCCAUUGAUCAACUGUCUCCCCUUCCGGGUGAAUCUCAGCCGCGGGACCGUGUCCCAGGUGCUCCAAAGCGUGUCGGCUGACUAUGGAGCCAGUAUCGUCCAUCAGACGUGUCCAGUGGCGGACCUUGCACACCAUACCGGGCGCUCCCCAAUGGCCUUGUUCAACACGCAGAUUUCAAUCCGGCGACAGGAGCUCGCUGAGAGACAGGUCAAUCCGCACACCCGCUUGCGUUCUAUCCAGUCACCCGAACCCCAGGAGCGCCUCGUAAGCGUCUACGUUAUUAUAGAAGAGCACCGCACCCGCGUGGAGCUCUGGCACUGCACGUCCACCAUAUCUCUAGGGCAAGCUGCCACCAUACAGACGUGUUUCCGCAACGCUGUGUCUCAGAUCCUGCAUAACGCUGAGCAGCCUGCCACAAGCCUGACCGUCUUAACUCCAGAACAGAAAGGGCUGAUCUGGAGCCCGUCUCCCGGCUCAAUCACCUCCAGAGUCCGUAAGAUGCAGGAAAUCUGGGCAGGGGUGUUGAAUCGCUCGCCAAGCGAUGUAUCACCAGACGAUCAGUUUUUCCGUCUGGGAGGUGACUCAAUGAAGGCGAUGAGGGUUAUUGCGUUAGCGAGAAGGGAGGGGAUGAAUAUUCGGCUGGCGGACUUUUUCAACGACUAUAGAUUGAUAACGCUGAUCGAGGUGUCGGAGCAUCAUCAGCAGGAGUAG